ACCACUUGAUUUUUGCGCACGUGCUAUGGAAUUUUUUGAGUUCGCUACCCGCGUCUUUUUAGACAUUGGAAAUUGAAUUAAUUUGCAUGUUUUUUUUGCUUUCUGCUAUGAAGAAAGCGGUUACGGUAUUUUUUAAGCGAGAGAUCGUCAGGUUCAUGUCCUUUUGUUACAAGUGCAAACAAGUUUUAGUCAUUCCUCAUAAUAAUCUUUAUUAAUAAAAAAUUGUUAUGUGCUGAUAGUCGCAAUAUUUUGUAAUUAAAUCAUCCUUUAUAAAGUAUAAAACGAUGACAAUAAUUAUUACAUGUAAUGUCUGAGAUACAAAAAUAACGUGAACAUUUAUAUACAAAAACGUAUGUAAGAAAAAUUAAUAAAUACCAAGUAGGAGACCAGAGAAUUAGCUACAUUUAACCAAAAACGUAUGAAUAAAAUAUAUUUUGUGAAAAGUUUGGUAUUUGAAGAUUACAAAAAUGACAUUGUAUAUAGUUGAUUGUAUCUAUGCUGUGCAUAAUUGCAUGUUAUGCCUAAGGCUAAGAAGAAACCUUACCUUAAAAAGGUAAGGGAAAUGCGAGAAUAUAGACGGCAAAAAUUAAGAAGAGAAACAGAAGAAGAACGCGCCAUUAGAUUAAACAGUGCUGCAGAGAGAAUGAAGAACGCUAGAGCCAAAGAAACAGAGGAGCAGGCAGCAAUAAGAAGAAUGCAGGAAGCUCAACGUAUGGCUAGGCAUCGUGCUAAAAAGAAGCGUUGUCUGGAUGAAAACUUAGCAAGGGAAAUUUCAAAAAUUGCUGAACUUUCAAAGAUGCCUGAUGCAGCAACGAUAGCUCAGAUGUCAGAAAUGAAUAUGACUAAAAUUUCUGCUGAGCUUAAACAAAUGAUGGAGAGAGGAAAGGUACCAGAACAUAUAGUUCAAAUGGCUCAGCUUGCUGAAUUCAGUAAGAUGACUGAAUUGAAUAAAAUGUCUCAGGAUAUGGCCAAAAGAUAUGAAAUGGAAAAAAUGGCAGAAUAUGCCAAGACAACAGAAUAUAUGAAGAUGCAAGAAAUUGCAAAGAUGUCUGAAAUUGCUAAAAUGAAUGAGAUGGUGAAACUGUCAGAAAUGGCAAAAUAUAAUGAUAUCACAAAGAUAAAUGAAAUUGCUAAAAUGAAUGAGAUGAUGAAGAUGUCUCAAAUGGCAAAGAUUAAUGAAGUUCAAAGGAUGAAUGAAAUAGCUAAAUUAAAUGAAAUGGUAAAAAUGACAGAGAUGGCUAAAUAUAACAACGACAUAACAAAAUUAAACGAAAUCGCACAAAUCAAUGAGAUGGCUAAGGAAAUUGCAAAAAUGAAUGAAAAGACAAAGAUGAACGAGAUGAUUAAAAUGGCAAAUAUACAGAAUGACAUCACAAAAAUGCCUGAAUAUUCGAAAAUGGCAGAAAUGGCAAAAUUAACAGAACUGGCUAAAUUGAAUGAGAUAACGAUAACGAAGUUAAACGACCCACCACCACCGAAGGUACCAGAAAUUCCUCGAAUUCCUGAACCUGUGAUUACAGUGCCAAAUCCAAGAAAUUUGCAAAAUGUUCAAACUGUUCAAGUAGCGCAGGCAAGCCCAUCCAGUACAAUAAACUUCCCUACUGUGCCUGGACAGGGUAAAUAUGCUCAGUUAUUGGUUAUUAUUGAGGAACUUGGAAGAGACAUUCGUCUUUCGUAUGCUGGAAGUCGUAGCGCGGCUGAACGCCUUAAAAUGGGUAUUCAGCAUGCUAGAAUUCUUGUAAGAGAAUGUUUAUUGGAAACGGAACAUAACGCGCGGCAAUGAUCUGCCGGCAUACUUAGUGACUAGAUUUUUAGUCGAUUAUUUUACAGGAUAAUGCUAUGUACAUUGUAUGAAGUACAGCAAUAUAUUUUAAAGGGAGUGUCUUAGCAUCCACAAAAAUGUGCUUGUAUAUGUAGCAUUUAUUAUUUCAUAUUUUAUAUGACCAAUUGUAAGUUUCUUAAAAUAAAUCUAAGCAGCGAGUAUUUUUAAACCAUAAAGAGAUCAGGAUAAUAGUAGUUUUGUAACUUCAUAUCAAUUUUCGUAUCAACUGAACUGACUUGAAACGUGCAUUUUUGUGGACGCCUAAAAGAAAAUUAAUCAUUUGAUAGUGCAUAAUAUUGAAUAUGAAUAAAUGAAAAAGGCAACAGGAUUGUUUCCAUCGUUUUCUUUUUUGUUUUUUUUUUCUUUUUUUGUUUUGUUAAUUAGAGAGGACUAUCGUUUUUUUUUAUAGAUAGAUACAAAACAUGAAGGAGUGAUACUUUCUUGUUAAGUUAUCGAGAUUAGCAAAUAGAAAAAUUAAUAUUAGGGAGGGACAGUUUGUACAAGAGCUUUCAUUUAUAUUUUCUAAGAGAAAUGUAAUACAUUUUUGGUUGAAACUAUGGGUACCUAGUAAUUACUUACAGCAUACAUGCAGGAGGAGGUUGAUCAAACAAAAUGUACCUAUGGAAAGUAUAAUCCUCGAAUAUAACUGACUACAAGGUAUAUCUAAAUAAAAAAAAAAGGCAAUUUUCUAUAA